GAUAGCUGCAGGCAGGGUAAGAUACACACACACAGCUAGCCAUGUUUGUUGUUUUGCCACUGCUGCUCCUCUUGCUCGGCUCUUCUCCAUCUGCCCUUGCAGCUGCUGACGAACACGAGGAGUUCACAGUCCUGGACCUGAGCUCGCUGAAGCCACAUGCCGCCUGCUCCGGACAUAGGGUGACGCCCCCCCACAACGGCAGCUGGGUGCCGUUGUAUCACCCUCUCGGCCCGUGCUCGCCGUCGUAUAGGGGUGCCGCGGCGGCGGCGCCAUCGUUGGCCGACCUACUCCGGCAGGACCGGCUCCGCGCCCACCACAUCCAUAGCAAGGUGUUUGGCGAUUUCCGCGCGAGCAAGGGCUCCUACAAGGAGCCGGUGGCUGUCGAGGAGACCCAGGUCCAUCACCAGGCCGCCAUUACAAUCGAAAUGGGCACACAAUCCACGAGCUCCCAGAUGCAUGGUUCUCACUCUGAGCUGCGCAUCGGUCCGGCGGCGACCGGCGACGGGACCUCCGGCCCGCCGCCGGUGUCCCAGACGGUGGUGCUGGACACGGCGAGCGACGUGCCGUGGGUGGACUGCGUGCCCUGCGCCCUCGCGGAGUGCCCCUACUACGACCCGGCCCGGUCGAGCAGCUACGCCGCCUUCCCCUGCAACUCCUCCGCCUGCAAGCAGCUCGGCCCCUACGCCAACGGCUGCGCCAACAACCAGUGCCAGUACCGCGUCGCCUACUCCGACGGGUCCUCCUCGUCGGGGACCUACAGCUCCGACCUCCUCACCAUCAGCUCCGGCGACACCGUCAGAAACUUCCGGUUCGGGUGCAACCAGGCCAGCAGCUCCGGCGGCGGCGCGACCAACGGGUUCAUGGCGCUCGGCCGCGGCGCGCAGUCGCUCACGGCCCAGACCUCGUCCAUCUACGGCAACGCCUUCUCCUACUGCUUCCCGCCGAGGGAGAGCGAGAAGGGCUUCUUCCGUAUCGGCGUGCCCGGCGGCGCGGGCUACAGGUUCGCCAUGACGCCGAUGCUCAGGGACCGGCGGGCCCCCGCGCUGUACCGCGCGCUCCUGGUGGCCAUCACCGUCAACGGGCAGCCGCUCAACGUGGCCCCCGAGGUGUUCGCCGCCGGCGCGGUGCUGGACUCCCGCACCGUCAUCACCCGCCUGCCGCUGACGGUGUACGGGGCGCUGCGCGCGGCGUUCAGGGACAAGAUGGCCGCGUACCGCCGGGCGCCGCCGCAGCCGGAGGUGGCGCUGGACACCUGCUACGACUUCACCGGCGUCCGCUACGUCCGGCUGCCGAGGGUCGCGCUGGUGUUCGACCGGAACGCCGUCGUGGAGCUGGACCGGUCGGGGAUCCUGUUCGGCGACUGCCUCGCCUUCACCGCCAACGACGACGACAGCAUGCCGGCCAUCCUCGGCAACACGCAGCAGCAGACCAUCGAGGUGCUCCAUGACGUCGGCGGCGGGAACAUAGGGUUCCGCCGCCAAGCGUGCUAGCUGACGGAGACCUGACCACCACACCCCUACGCCGCCGCUAGCAAGUAGCAACUAGGCAUUGGGCAUUUUCAGAAUAUUAUUGUGCAGCUCGAUCGAUCGUUUCUUGCGCUCGAUCUCUGUACGUUUAAACUGUUUGUAAGACCUGUUUGGUUGUCUACCUCAGAGCUAC